AUUAAUGCCCACAUCCCCACAUGUGCAGGCUGAGCUCGUGACUGUACCCAGAUGAAGCCCUGGGGCAUAGAGGUGUAGGGGGUGAGGGUGAGAAAUGGGCCCGGUGCUUGGCAGCAGUCCACCCAUCUGCAGGUGGAUGAUGGGGAAUGAACGGUGUAUUCACUGAUGGAAAUCAUGCAGCAAAGAAGGUGGGUGGGCGGGGGUCCUGUUGCGGGAGAGCAUGGGAAGAAUGGAUGAACGCCUGGAACUAGCCAGAGGGCAUGAGAUCCAGGGCUCGGUGCAAGGGCUGGCCGAGUCAGGACCCUGGACAACUCCUGGGUUUCCUUUCUGAUUGCUCCAAGAUGGCGGUGGAAGGGGCAACUCUCACCGGGGUCUCUCAGUUCCUGCUCCUGGGCCUCUCAGGGAACCGCAAGCAACAGCAGCUGCUCCUCAUACUCUUCCUGAGCAUCCUGGUCAUGGGACUGGGGAACCUGCUCAUCGUCCUGGCCAUCGCCACUGACUCCCAACUCCACACGCCCACGUACUUCUUCCUGGCUAAGCUGGCCUUUGUGGACAUUUGCUUCACCUCCACCACCAUUCCCAAGAUGCUGGCCAACCUCGCGUCAGGACACAAAGGGAUCCCUAACGCAGGCUGCCUGACCCAGAUCUUCUUCUUCAUCUGGUUUGCUGGCAUCGAUAGCUCCCUUCUGAUGGUCAUGGCCUAUGGCUGCUAUGCGGCCAUCUGUCACCCUCUGCACUACGCCGUGUCUGUGACGCCACACCUCUGUAGCCUCCUGGUGGCUGCAUCCUGGACUGCAGCCUUCGGGAACGCCCUGACCCACACAGUAUUACUGACUCGCCUCUUGUUCUGCACCCACAACCGGGUUCCCCAUCUCUUUUGUGACCUCAGCCCUCUGCUGAAGCUGGCCUGCUCUGACACCUUUCUCAAUAAUGCAAUGUUGUACACCAGGGGCACCCUACCCAUCAUCACCCCCUUUGUGGGUACCUUGGUCUCCUACACAUGCAUCUUUGCCUCCGUGCUGAGGAUCCCAUCCACGAGAGGCAAGCAGAAGGCUUUCUCCACCUGUGGCUCUCACCUCUCUGUGGUGUCCCUGUCCUACAGGACACUCUUCGGGGUUUAUUUCAGCCCUACAUCCUCCCACACGGCCCAGAAGGACACGGCGGCUGCAGUGAUGUACGUGGUGGUCACUCCCAUGCUGAACCCCUUCAUGUACAGCCUACACAGCAGUGACAGGACGGGCGCCUUGGGGGCCCUCAUUGGUAGGAAGCCAGUGUUUAUUCAGUGACCAUAACAUUGGGAUGUUUCAGUGUCCAAAUCUGGGG